GCCAAUCGACUGCGACUGGAGGCUCUGAGCCCAGCCUCAACGGGCGGGGCCCCUGAGGCCCCGGGGUGGAGCUUGCAGAACGACCCCGCCCACCCGGUUCCGCAGAGGCAGCCUUCGGCGGCAGCCCUCGCAGACUACAAGUCCCAGGAGCACGCGCGGCAGCAGCGUCGGCAUCGGCUGCGCCAACGACAAGGGCGGUGGGAGCGUCGGGGGCGUGUCCUGCCCGCUGAUUGGUUGGGAACGGGCGCCGCCGCAGGGCCCGCGGAAAACGCGCCCGGGAACCUGCUCCUGCGGCCCUUGUUCCUGCAGCUGGUGGCGGCGGCGGAGGUGCCAUGGAUCUCAGCGAGCUGGAGAGAGACAAUACAGGCCGGUGUCGCCUGAGCUCCCCUGUGCCCGCGGUGUGCCGCAAGAAGCCUUGCGUCCUGGGCGUCGAUGAAGCGGGCCGGGGCCCAGUGCUGGGACCAAUGGUCUACGCCAUCUGUUACUGCCCCCUGUCCCGCCUAGCAGAUCUGGAGGCCUUGAAAGUGGCAGACUCAAAGACCCUGUCGGAGAGCGAGCGGGACAGGCUCUUUGCGAAAAUGGAGGAGGACGGGGACUUUGUGGGCUGGGCACUGGACGUGCUGUCUCCAAACCUCAUCUCUACCAGCAUGCUUGGGCGGGUCAAAUACAACCUGAACUCCCUGUCUCAUGAUACAGCCACUGGACUGAUACAGUAUGCAUUGGACCAAGGCGUGAAAAUCUCCCAGGUGUUUGUGGACACCGUGGGGAUGCCAGAAACAUACCAGGAGCGGCUGCAGCUGCGCUUUCCUGGAAUCAAGGUGACAGUCAAGGCCAAGGCAGACGCCCUCUACCCCGUGGUCAGUGCCGCCAGCAUCUGUGCGAAGGUGGCCCGAGACCAGGCCGUGAGGAACUGGCAGUUCGUGGAAACACUGCAGGACUUCGAUGCGGAUUAUGGCUCAGGCUACCCCAACGAUCCCAAGACGAAAUCAUGGUUGAGGAAACACGUGGAACCUGUCUUCGGCUUCCCGCAGUUUGUCCGGUUCAGUUGGCGCACGGCCCAGGCCAUCCUGGAGAAGGAGGCAGAAGAUGUUACGUGGGAGGACUCCUCAGCAGGGGAUCAGGAGGGCACUGGGAGGAUCACCUCCUACUUCCUCAGCGAAGGCCCCCGAACCCGCCCCCGUGCCCCCCACCGAUACUUCCUGGAGCGUGGCCUGGAGCCAGCCACCACCCUCUAGGAGCCAGCCUGUACUCCCUCUACCUGCCUCCCCUGCAGGUGAUUAAAGGUGUUUAAGGAGAGCCAAAAGUAGAGGCUGUGCUUCGGGGCAGAGGUGGGGUGGGAGCGAGCUUUGCACCUGGACCCAGCUACUGCCUUGUGGAACCUAAACAGAGUGGGCAUUGGUU